UCCUGCUACGCAGAAAACUCUCACACACACCCGGCCGGUGUCCUGGUGAAAAAAAUUGCUAUGAGCGGCCAGGCGGAUGAGUUCUGCCUUGUGGAGCCGCUGGCUGCCGUGGGGAUCAACCCGGGCCAGAGCCCUGGGCAACCUCGAGGCGCAGAGUGCGUCGUGUUCGCACCGGCACCGACCGCAGCCCCGAACACACCAGCCCCGCUACUGGCGGGUACCUCCACCAACGCCAACUCCUGCUUGAACGGAAACGGAGGCAGCAGUAAUAGCAGCAACAGCAGCGGUGUUGUCCACUCGGUGCUCGCGGACGACGAGCUUUGGGGACCUCCGGCGGGGGCAAGGAGGCCCUUUCAGGCCAGGGGAAGAGGCGUAGGGGCGGGGGCGGGGGCGGGGGCGGGGGCCGCUGGCGCUGUUGCGUCACGCAGAGCGAUUUCGCCACCCUGGACAGGGAACAUCGACUACGGAGGUGGCUGUAGCGGGGGUGCGGGGCGGGUAGACGGUGGUGCUUCAGCUGCGGAGGGCGAUGGAUUUAGAGAAGCGGCCAGGGUAGGAGGGGGGCUUGGGCUGGGGCCGGCGGCGGUGGCGGCGGUGACAGCGAACGGUGUGCGGAAUACGGCGACGCCGAGGCGAAAGCGCACGAGCACGAGCGGGAUCAACCGAGAGAGGCAGUUCGACGGGACUGUCACCGGUGGUACCGGCGGUACCGGCGGUAGCGGCAGCAGGUUCGGGAGGGGGCGAAGACGAUCGGGUCCCGGUAACGGCAGGGGCGGGCUCUCGAAGAAGACGCUCAACAUUGUCACUAACCUCAAGAGCCAUACCACCGACGUCCGGUCCCGCGAGGAGAUGGAAGACCUGGAGGAGGAGAAGAGGCUAGCCGAGGAGGAACGGCGUUUCAAGGAGAACCUACGGCAAAAGGGGGACGACUUCGACCGCACGAUUCGCAUCCUGCUCCUGGGAGACUCCGGCGUGGGGAAAACGAGCCUCAUGACCCGCUUCUCAGAGGACAAGUUCGCGCCGACCUUGAUCAGCACGGCUGGAGUAGACUACAAGGUGCAAACUCUAGACAUCAACGGAAAGAGAGUGCGGUGUCAGAUCUGGGACACGGCGGGGCAGGAGAGGUUUCAUGUCAUCACGAGGACGUACUAUCGCGGGGCUCACGGGAUCGCUCUCGCCUACGACGUCACCGAUGAUGACAGCUUCAAGAACGUCAACUACUGGAUGGCGAAUAUCCAGACGCAUGCGGAGCCCGGGCAUCGUAUGCAGAAGAUGAUCCUGGGGAACAAGGUGGACAUCGAGGACCGAGCGGUGAGGUUUGUUUGCGAUAUGGCCCAACAAGGAAAGAAGUCAACACGAUAG